UUCACCUUCAUCCCUAACCGACAUCUAUCAUCUCAGCCUCCAAAAACGGUAUCACCUCAGCCUCCACCGUCGCAAAUCUCAUCAACGACCAAUAUUAUUCCUCGUGACCUUCACAUAGAUCAAAGCUCUCAACAACAUCACAAGCCCUUAAAUAGACCAAAGAUUAGAGUCCGUAUCUCCAUUGUCAUCUUAACUCUCUUCAUUACUAUUCAAAUUACUUAAGCUUCCAAUUACAAUCAGAUGGAAGAUGAAACAAGUCGAACAGCCAAUGUCAGUGGAAGCGCACUUGUUACCGAGUCUCUUGAUUCAACACCGGAAGUUGAACAACAUCCAGUGACUGUGAAGAGGAAAGCUAUAGAACCAAGAUCUGCUGCUUGGCCGCAUUAUGAUAAGCUCAUAGAAGAUGGAAUUAAUAAAGCAAAGUGCAAGUAUUGUGGUAAAGUUCUCUUAGUUGAUGCAACUAAAAAUGGAACAACUGGACUGAAUAAACAUUUGAAAACUUGUCUUAAAAAUCCAAAUAAGGUUAACAUUUCCAAUUCUAAGUACAAACAAUCAAAUCUAAACUUUCCAUUAGAAGGUGAAACGGGUGAUGGGGCAACUUGGACUUUUAAUCAAGAGGUAUCUCGGAGGGCUUUAGUUGAGAUGUUAAUCCUUGAUAAGCUUCCUUUUCGUUUUGUUGAAAAGGAAGGUUUUAAGAAGUUUAUGAAAAAAACCCAACCUUUAUUCCGAGUUCCCUCCCGUAGAACAGUGACUAGGGAUUGUUAUGUAGUUUUUGGUGAAGAGAGACAAAAGUUUAUGAAGUAUUUGAAAGACACAUCACCGAGAGUUUGUCUAACCACAGACACAUAGACUUCUAUACAGAGAAUAAAUUAUAUGUGUUUGACAGUACACUUUAUUGAUAGUGAUUGGCUCUUGCAUAAACGAAUUUUAAACUUUCAGGUUGUUACUAGUCAUAAGGGUGACGAAAUGGCCCGUUGUAUUAGUAAGUGUUUGCUUGAUUGGAAAUUGGAGAAAAUAAUCACUAUAACUGUAGAUAAUGCUUCUUCUAAUGAUGUCAUGGUGAAAGAGUUACACAAACAAAUGGUUAAUUGGGGAUCUAACAUGAAAUGUGGUAACCAUCUUCACGUGAGAUGUAUGGCUCACAUUUUGAAUCUUAUUGUGCAAGAUGGCAUGAAAGAAGUUGGUCCAUCUAUCAAACGUGUUAGGCAAAUGGUG